GACAAACUUUUGAACAAAUUUUCAAUUCUAAUUGUUGAUUUAGAAUCGAAAUUAAAUUAAUCAUAUCAACUCGAAACAAUUUAGAACUAAUUUAUUGAUUGAAUUAACAAAUUUCUCUAUGGUAACAGUGAUUAAAAAGGUAAACAAAGAGAUCGGGAAAAAUGUCCUUUCGAGAGCUUCGAAAUUUCUCGGAAAUCCUUCGAUUCCUUGGUUAUCCUCGUCAUGUAUCAAUUGAUAACUUUCGAAGACCCAAUUUCCCUCUAGUAGCUGAGAUACUCCGAUGGUUAAUAACAAGAUUUGAUUCAUCUCUUGAAGUUCCAUAUGUUAUCGAUACGGAACAAGAUCGAGUUAUCUUCAUUAAAUCUUGUGCCCAGUUAAUUGCUACUAAGGCUUUCAUCAAGUUGAAUACCAAAAAACUUUACACAGCCGAUGGUCAUGCCGUUCAAGAGAUGAUGAAAAUGGCCUCACUUAUUUACGAAGCAUCUAAACAAAGUGAGGCCACUGAUGAUUCCAAUCAAGAAGAUGUAAUUACAAUGUCAGAAUCAUUGAUUCACAGUAAAGCAAAUGAAUUAAAGAAAACCCGACAAUUAGCAUCAAGAAUAACUCAAAAAGGUGCAAUAUUAUCCGAUUUAUUGGGAAAAGAAAUUGAAUUAAGAGAAAAACGAGCUCAAGUUCUAAAUCGUCAACUCGAAAUUCCGGAAAUCGAGAAAAGUUUACGAGAUGAGAUCAAACGAGUCGAAAAAGAGAUCGAAACUAUUAAUUAUAAGAUUGAACAUGUCGCUUCGGACGAAGCGAAUUUGGAUGAGAAGAUUGGAAAGAAACGACAAGAACUUGAGAGAACCCAGGAUAGAUUGAUGACAAUUAAAUCAGUGAGACCUGCGUUCAUGGAUGAAUACGAGAAACUGGAAGAGGAAAUGGCGACGCUUUAUGAUGUUUAUGUCACGAAGUUCCGGUCACUUGUUUACCUUGACUGGCAACUAGAGGAUUCAGAGAAGGUGGAAAUGGACAAGAUUAAGAAUCGAAAGGAGCAAAUCACGAUGAUUGAACAGAUGAGAAAAGAGGAAUCACUGAGAACGGAAAAUGAGAGUGACGCUGAUUUGGACAUUGGGAUUAACCUUGGUGAUCUCGAGGAUGAUGAUGAUGAAGAUGAUGAUGAGUUAGAUGAUGAAAUUGAUGACGAUGAAGAUGAUGAUGAUGAUCUUGCGGUAGGAAACUAUGGGAAUAUUAAAGGGAAUAAUGUUAAGGAGGUUAAUCAAAAUGGUGGUAAAAAUGAUCGAGCUCGAAGGUCAGUUAUCAAUUCAACGACAACUAAACGAAGUGAAACCGGAAGAGUUCGGGUUUUCGGCUCGAUGACCGCUGGAGAUAAAGAUGAUUCCCUUGAUUCUGAUCUUGAUUUAGAUGGUGAUGAUGACCCGUCUGAAUUAGAUUCUGAAGAUGAACGGGAAUUGAGAAACAUCAAGGAUAUUAAUAGUCGCAAAGGCCACGGCGGAGUGGGCACGACCAGCGGAGUCGGAGGUGGAGGCCGGACCAUUGCAAUAGAGACCGAUGAUGAUAAUGAUUUUUAACCAAUCAACCAAUUAACACAUCAACAUAUAAACACCCAGAAAAUGUAACUAUUGCUCUGGUCACAAUUCUGAAUCAACAUAUGAGUACAACAAAAUGGUCAUCAUAUAUGGUCAAGCGAAUGCCAAGAUCCAAUCCAGGCCACAUAAAUAGAAACGGAAAAACUAAUCACAGGUAAUUGAACCUGAUUUUA